AUGCUGCUGGACUUUGGUCGCCUGGAGUGGCUGGUGCUGGCGCCCGUCCAGCUUCCAGUGGGUGGAAUGGAAGCGGUCCGCGCUGACCCAAAGCUUUUCGUGCGUGCCCUUGUCAAGGAUGUGUCGAGUCUUCGACACCUUGAGCGGCUGGGGUUGGCGUUCCCGAGGGCAAUCCUAGUGGCUCAUCAACCCGGGGUCCCGGGGACUGGCACAGGUAUGGACGCUGUCGAGCAUUAUGUUCGGCAGCUAAACAGCCAUAUCUUUGCCAAGCUCCCUGCACUAAAGCAGGUGGCCUUCCUUCAUGGAACCACUGUCUUCAGGGCAGUAAGGGGGGCGGAUGCCGCCAUUCGUUUCUCUAUCGAGAACGAUUUGGACAGGCAUGCGUUUCCCUUUGGGGCUCUGUACUGA